CUUCAUUCCUCUAGGACACUGCUAUAUUAAAGGGGUUUUACCUUCACAACAUCUCCAAUAAGGGCGAGAAAAUGACAUUGGGUCACAAUACGUCAAACCACAAUGACACACUGUGGUUCUAUGAAUGCAGCUUACAGCUGGACUGGCAAUCUCGGCGCAUUGCGCUGUUCCUGUUCUACCUGUUCCUGUUCAUGGUUGGAUUGAUCGAGAAUUGCGUGGUGGUUUGGGUAAACUGGCGCCGGCGACAUUCAGCCAGCGGUGUGCUCUUCUGUAUUAUCAACGUCAGUCUGUCCGACCUGAUGGUGGUCACCACUAUGCCAUUCUUCAUGCUAGAGAUCGCCAUGGAGGAGGUUUGGGUUUGGGGCCGAUUUCUGUGCAAGGUCACGCACUUCAUCUACAUCAUCAACUUCUACAGCAGCUCCUUCUUCCUGGCCUUCAUGACUCUGGAGCGGUACCUGACCUUAACGCGACCAAACACGCCCAACUGCUUUCCACUGGAGCCCAGACACCGGAGAUGGCUACUGUGUGGUGGAGUGUGGCUUCUGUCCGUGGUGCUGGCACUGCUUGAAAAUGUCCACGUGGACCUGCUGGAGUGGGAUGAACCUGGCUGCUACAUGGUGCCUGAGAUGAACUACUUUGAUUGGUUUGUCUCCCUUGCCUCCUUAUCCCUUAUCUUCCAGUUUUUGGGCCCUGCAUCAGUCAUCAUCACUUGUAACAUCCUGAUUGCACGGGCUGUGCGUUCCUCUCCAGACGUCCAGAAUCGCAGAGAUCUUUGGCUGUUGCGAGUGUACUCAUUCGUCUUCGUGGCCUGCUGGCUACCCUACCAUUUUGUGAUUUUCCUGCUGUUGGUGGACAUGCUGAACCCAAACCUGAUGUCCUGCAAUACUACAGACGGUCUAUUCUUCACUUUGAACAUUGUACAGUGCAUCUCAUUCUUCCAUUGCAUCGCCAACCCCAUUCUCUAUAACUUCCUGAGCAAGAGAUUUUGUGCCAACCUCACCAGCGAUAUUCUUUCCUAUAUUUCCUCACCGCCAUUCAAUGCAACUGAUGGUGUGGGGAGAUUGCAGCAGAAGGAACGGAAGCUCAGCAAUGCCAGUACCAGUCAUUCAGAGAUAGGAUCCUAAAAAGGUCAUAAUGAGGUCUUGGCACAUAUUGGUGCUUCACCUAAUUUGUGUUGCUGUAAAGCAUCAAAAUGUCAUCCAAAUAAGCUUCAUUUGUGUUUUAACACCUCCACAUAGGUAGCUAAAGAGACAAUUUUAGAAUUAUUCACAUUUUUAAACAUAAAAGAAGGGUUUGAGUAUCAUGGUCCCUUCUAAAAUACAGAAUUGCCAAUUUCUUAGUGCAAGGGCUAAUAGCCAUUCUGAAAAGAACAUUUUAAGAUGCUAAAUGGUUUGUUUUUAUUGCUUGUAAACAAUGGAGCUGGAAGGCCAAAUGGAGUCAAAUGUCCAUGAAAAGAAAGGUUAUGGGUUCCUCUUAGCAGUUUCAAAAAAGGAAGGAAAAUAUCUCCCUGCAUCCCACUCCACAGGAAGCGAUGGCAUUGCUACUGAGGAACAUGUCACAAAUUAAAGGAAGUGUAGCAAUCAAACAUUUACAGAUGAUCUGUACACUGGACAAAACAUGUAAAUAACUUGGUUUCACUACUAAAACUUAUCGCAAGUGCAACCCCAAUUCCAAAAAAGUUGGGACACUGUGUGCAACAUAAAUAAAAACAG